UUCUUUCUUUCUCUCUCCGUUUAUCUUCAGCCCGACAUUGUCACCUCCUCUUUGAGGGUUUAGAAGAAGCUGAGAUCUCCCGACAGAGCUGGAAAUGGUGAUGAAUCUUUUUUAAUCAAAGGACAAUUUCUUUUCACUGCACUUUGACUAUGGAAACAGAGGCUAUUGAUGGCUAUAUAACAUGUGACAAUGAGCUUUCACCUGAGAGGGAGCACUCCAAUAUGGCAAUUGACCUCACCUCAAGCACACCCAAUGGACAGCAUGCCUCACCAAGUCACAUGACAAGCACAAAUUCAGUAAAGCUAGAAAUGCAGAGUGAUGAAGAGUGUGACAGGAAACCCCUGAGCCACGAAGACGAGAUCAGGGGCCAUGAUGAGGGUAGCAGCCUAGAAGAACCCCUAAUUGAGAGCAGCGAAGUGGCUGACAACAGGAAAGUCCAGGAGCUUCAAGGCGAGGGAGGAAUCCGGCUUCCGAAUGGUAAACUGAAAUGUGACGUCUGUGGCAUGGUUUGCAUUGGGCCCAAUGUGCUUAUGGUACAUAAAAGGAGUCACACUGGUGAACGUCCCUUCCACUGUAACCAGUGUGGAGCUUCUUUUACUCAGAAGGGCAACCUUCUGAGACACAUAAAGUUACACUCUGGAGAGAAGCCGUUCAAAUGUCCUUUCUGUAGCUAUGCCUGUAGAAGAAGGGACGCCCUCACAGGACACCUCAGGACCCAUUCUGUGGGUAAACCUCACAAGUGCAACUACUGUGGACGAAGCUACAAGCAGCGCAGUUCACUGGAGGAGCACAAGGAACGCUGCCACAACUAUCUCCAGAAUGUCAGCAUGGAGGCUGCUGGGCAGGUCAUGAGUCACCAUGUACCUCCUAUGGAAGAUUGUAAGGAACAAGAGCCUAUUAUGGACAACAAUAUUUCUCUGGUGCCUUUUGAGAGACCUGCUGUCAUAGAGAAGCUCACGGGGAAUAUGGGAAAACGUAAAAGCUCCACUCCACAAAAGUUUGUGGGGGAAAAGCUUAUGCGAUUCAGCUACCCAGAUAUUCACUUUGAUAUGAACUUAACAUAUGAGAAGGAGGCUGAGCUGAUGCAGUCUCAUAUGAUGGACCAAGCCAUCAACAAUGCAAUCACCUACCUUGGAGCUGAGGCCCUUCACCCUCUGAUGCAGCACCCGCCAAGCACAAUCGCUGAGGUGGCCCCAGUUAUAAGCUCAGCUUAUUCUCAGGUCUAUCAUCCAAACAGGAUAGAAAGACCCAUUAGCAGGGAAACCUCUGAUAGUCAUGAAAACAACAUGGAUGGCCCUAUCUCUCUCAUCAGACCAAAGAGUCGACCCCAGGAAAGAGAGGCCUCUCCCAGCAAUAGCUGCCUGGAUUCUACUGACUCAGAAAGCAGCCAUGAUGACCACCAGUCCUACCAAGGAAACCCUGCCUUAAAUCCCAAGAGGAAACAAAGCCCAGCUUACAUGAAGGAGGAUGUCAAGGCUUUGGAUACCACCAGGGCUCCUAAGGGCUCUCUGAAGGACAUCUACAAGGUCUUCAAUGGAGAAGGAGAACAGAUUAGGGCCUUCAAGUGUGAGCACUGCCGAGUCCUUUUCCUAGACCAUGUCAUGUACACCAUUCAUAUGGGUUGCCAUGGCUACCGGGACCCACUGGAAUGCAACAUCUGUGGCUAUAGAAGCCAGGACCGUUAUGAGUUUUCAUCACACAUUGUUCGAGGGGAGCACACAUUCCACUAGGCCUUUUCAUUCCAAAGGGGACUCCUAUGAAGUAAGGAACUGCACAUGAAGAAAUACUGCACUUACAAUCCCACCUUCCCUCAGAUGUUGACAUACCUUUUAUUUUUUUUUAAUAUUAUUACUGUCAAUAAUUCUUAUUUUGUGGACGCAGUGUCAUUUGCUCUGCCUAAUUACAAUAAGGAAGAAACAGAAGAGAGAAGGGAUGGGAAUAUUGUUUCUUGAUAACUUGGCUUGUUUAUUUUGUAAGGAUUUAAGAGCAGUUCAUUUCUGCCAUGCAUAGAUAUAAGGCAUAUUAUACUUUGAAAAAUUACUUGAUUCAUGUAGAUUCAUCUGAGAUUCUAAUUUGCCACUGAUAUUCAGGAUUGUGAUUGAAGGCAGGAAAGUUUAGAAUUUUCUGGGUAGAACUUUGGCAGUUUAAAAUGAUGUAAGUACUUUUACUCUUGAAAGAAGAAUUUGUUUCAAAAUGUAAACCAUUUUUUUCCCUUAGAGAUUGUGGAACACCAUCACAUUGUUAUUUUCAGUGAUAACUCCUAGGAUGAGUUGAUUCGUUGUUGUGGGUUCUAUGUUUACUUCCCCUAUGGAAUUUAUAAUUCAGUAUGCUUUACACUGUACCAUAUAGCAAAAAUUUUAAACUACAUGUAGUUAAGGACCGCCUACAAUACAUCUAAGGUCCUGGUAUCUUAUUUUUCUAAACUUAAGCACUGUUUUUUCCAUAGUUUUGAUGACUGGCAUUUUAUAGACACCCUGGCAGCCUUACUUUUAACACCUUUAACAAAUAGUAUUUUUAUGUAGUUUUCCAAAUAACAUAUGGUCUAAGAGUGGGUGAGAGACAGUAAUUUCUGGGAAGGACUUCUACUUUUCAUAAAUUUGUUUGGGAAGUUUUCUUUUAAAGUUGUAAUGUGACAGCAGCAUAGUAUCCAUGUUUGUUUCUAAAAGUAUGCUUAUGAUUUUACCCUUAUCAGCAUUGAAUCAGUGUUAAACAGUCAGCAGAAAAAUAUAAUUAGGUUAACACUAGGGAGAAAAAGGCACUUAGAAAUCCCUUUUCUGGUAUUUCUCUUUUCACUGUUUUUUUCAAGCUGUGACCACCCAAUGUUCUGUCCAUAAUUGGUUCAUCUUUUACUCUUCCAGUAGACGGUCUUAAGUCUUGCUGUGGGUUAUUUCUUUCAAAAUCUCCUUGCAGCAAUUGCUAAUUUGACCUAAAUGUGGUAACUUGAACCCUGUAAUGCUGUUGAACUGGGACUAUUUAUUCUAGUAUUUUUUCAGUAAUAUGUACCACUUCUGCUGUAAAGAAGAGGGAACUUCUUUGUAACCUGCACAUUGGACUACAGAUAAAACAAACAAACCAACAACGAGUUUACUUUUACCCUUCUUAGAUUCUAGAAAUUAUCAGAACCUCCAAGCAAAGGUCCUGCAC